AUGCCUGAUGCUCUUAAUACCGUUUUUGGCUAUGUCCUUAUGGGUCCCUGUAGUUCGGUUCCUAUGACAUCUGCCACCUCGUUGUUUUGUCACGUGGAUCAAAUGGUUUCGUUGGAGGAGUCUGUAAAGCAGUUUUGGAGUUUAGAAACUGUUCCUGAAGUAGAAUGUUCAGCUCCUGAAGAUAUUCUUUGUGAGAAAAAUUUUGUUGAGAAUGUUUGUCGAGACGGCUCUGGUCGUUAUACCGUUGCUCUACCUUUCAGGGAAUUAUCUCCUGUUUUUCCAGGAAUGUUUGAGUUAGCUGUAAAUCGUUUUCUUUCCUUAGAAAAAAGGCUUUUGAAAAAUCCUAGUGUUUAUCAGGAAUAUUGUACCUUUAUGAAAGAUUAUUUGGAUUUGCAUCAUAUGGAGCUUGUGUCAGAAACUUCUCGUCCAUUAUCUUGUUACUAUAUUUCUCACCAUGCUUUAUUAAAACCUGAUAGUUUGACUACCAAUUUGCGAGUUGUAUUUAACGCUUCUGCUCGAAUUGGAAAUCAGAAUUCUCUUAAUCAAUUCUCUCCUGAUCAAGAGUUACAGGAAUUUCGGUUAUUAACCGUUACUUAUGGUGUAUCAUCAGCUCCUUUUCUUGCUUUAAGGACUUUGUUGCAGCUGAGUGAAGAUGAAGGUAGAGAGUUUCCCCUUGCCGCUGAAGUUUUGCGUAUGAGUACUUAUGUUGACGAUAUAGUGUGUGGUGGUGAUACCUUAGAAAUUGCGCUAGAUUUUCGGAAUGAGUUGAUAUCCUUGUUAUCUCGAGGUCAGUUUGAAUUGCGUAAGUGGUCGAGCAAUGAUAUGCGAUUAUUAGAAGGUCUACCGGAGUCGCAUAUUGGUAAGAAAUCUAUUUCCUUUGAUGAUAAUAGUUGUUCGUCACCUCUAAAAAUCCUUGGACUUGUAUGGAAUGCACAGUUGGAUUGUUUUUCUUUUGAAGUGACAGCUCUGGACAAAUCUUGUACUAAGAGAAGUAUGUUGUCUGAAUUGGCCCGAGUGUUUGAUCCUGUGGGGUUUCUAGCUCCCAUGACUUUGUUCACGAAGCACCUUAUCCAACGUUUAUGGUUGUCCGGAAUCGACUGGGAUGACUCUCCUCCAGACUCAAUUUGUAAAGUUUGGAACCAGUAUAAGGAACAACUGUUAUCCCUUGCACAGCUUGAAAUACCUAGGUGCAUGCUCGUGUCCAGUUGGUUUUAUGUUCCUUCUGCUCAGAAUCCCGCUGAUUUGGCUUCCAGAGUUGUUUUACCUGCUCUAAUGUUGGAGCAAAACAUUUGGAGCAGUUAA